AUGAGUGAUCCUGAUGAGGCUGCUGUCAAUAACAGGAGAAAGAGAAGACUUGACUAUGACAGGCAGUUUCGAAUCAAACCAUUAAUGAAUAAUAUUCGUCGUGCCUGCCUAUCCAAUUUCCACCCACGGCGAAACCUGUCUAUACACGAAUGGAUUGUUCCAUCAAAAGCUAAAAAAGGACUAUUGGCAGAAAGCAAAUCGAAGCACACUAAAAGGGAUUUCAAGAUGUUUGUCUUGACUGACUCCAACAAUGGCUAUACUAUGGACUAUGUUGUUUACAGUGACAAGACCACUUUCCCGAAUGGCUAUGGGAUGGCUUACGAUGCAGUGAUGUCACUCAUGAGGCCCUCCUACCUCGGAUCAGGUUACCAUCUGUACCUGGACGACUUCUCCAGUCCAAAACUAUUCAAGAACUUAUUAACCCUGAAAAUGGGAGCGUGUGGUACCAUGCGGGAAGCCAGACUGGGCUUCCCAAGAUCAGAAGAAAAUGCACUGACCAAGAAAUCCCCAAGAGGAUCUUUACGGUGGAUAAGGGAGGGCUCCCUGCUCUUUGUGAAGUGGAAGGAUGCCCGGGAAGUGUCGAUGGGUUCCACCAUUCAUCAAGUGUAUGGAGGGGAUACCAUACAAAAGGGAGUGAAAAACAAGGAUGACAGCUGGACCCGGAAGUCUAUUCCAGUCCCUACGCCGGUUAUGGCAUACAAUAAACGCAAGGGCAGUAGUCGCAUAUCUGAUCAACUGAUUCAAUACUUUUCAGUCCAACAGAAAACAAUGAGGUGGUACCACUGCUUAUUUUACCACUUUGUGGACAUAGCGACUACGAACAGCUUCCUGAUUCACAAGGAACUACUCAAGGAGAAUGGGACUGAGCCAAUGACCAAACAAGAAUUUAUAGAGAAACUUACGGCCCAGCUUUGUGGGGUGCCACUGUCCGAAGUGCAUCCAUCCAAAACAAGGAAAAGUAGACACACACCAGUCACUAUCGCAAGGGUGAGGAGAGAUGGAUCAGAAGAAAACAAACGAAUGCCUUGCCAACAAUGCAAGAAUAGUGGGAAUGAAGAUAUAAGAUCUAGUCAGUGGUGGCGCAACGCGUGCCAGGUACCACUCUGUGUGGGGAUCAGGGAUAGAAACUGCUUUUAUCAAUGGCAUAAGUGAAUCCAUGCCAUCUCCCCAGACCUGCAUUUCAGUUAUGCAGCCUGGGCUGGCACGAGCAAAAAUAAAAGCUAGUGACACGUUUGUAUGACUGGAGUGGGAUAGCACUAUUUUGUACGCGGGAGCUGUUUGCUUUAAUGAACCGGUCAUUGUAAAACUGUUUUAGAAAGAAGCUGACCUUGGUCUACCAACAGACCAGUAACACCCAAACAGCGGUUCUACAUUUACUUCUAGAUAAACAUUUAAGCCCCCCUAGGGGAGUUGUAUUAAAGAACUACUUUCUUUCCCAAUAAUGUAAUGGGCCUGAAGGUAAAAUGUCACUGCUGGCCUAAAGAAAAAGUCAAAGGCCAUGAUGGUGUCUUGGUAUCUCACUGUAUCUUCCAAACACAAACAAAAUGUACUGUUUUACUGUAAAAUGCAACUGGGGGAAUGAUCAGUGCCUUCAGAAAAUAUUCAUACCCCUUGACUUAUUUCACAUUUGUUGUGUUACAGCCUGAAUUUGAAAUGGAAUAAAUCAUUUUUUUCCCUUCUCACCCCAUCUACACACAAUAGCCCAUAAUGACAAAGUGAAAGCAUGUUUUUGUAUUUUUGCAAAUGUAUAAAAAAAUAAUAAUACAGAUCUCAUUUACUUAAGUGUUCACACCACUGAGUCAAUACUUUGUAGAAGCAUAUAUGGCAGCGAUUAAGUCUCUAAAACCUUUCCACACCUGGAUUGUGCAACAUUUGCCCAUUUAUUAUUUUCAAAAUUCUUCAAGCUCUGUCAAAUUGGUUGUUGAUCAUUACUAGAUAACCAUUUUCAGGUCUUGCCAUAGUAGAUUUAAGUCUGAACUAUAACUCGGCCACUCCGGUCUUCUUGGUAAGCAACUCCAGUGUAGAUUUGGCCUUGUGUUUUAGUCUAUUGUCCUGCUGAAAGGUGAAUUAAUCUCCCAGUGUCUGAACCAGGUUUUCCUCUAGGAUUCCUUUAUUUUCCGCUAACUCUACCACCCCUCCCCUAAUUGGUGUAAACUAAUGGACAACAACACUUUGACCUGGAUUUGGCGCAUGUGAAGGACUUAUGUCCUUCCUUCUGUAGAAAGGCAAGUGAGACACAAGGCUGACAGCUGGAGCUGUACAUCUAUUCCAGUCCCUAUGCCGGUUGUUGACUAGGAUAUACACAAGGAAAGUGUCAACUCGUCAGAUCAUCUGAUUCAAUACUUUUCAGGUCAACAGGAAACAAUAAGGGGGUACAACAGCUUAUUUUACCACUUUGUGGACAUGGAGACUACAAACAGCCAUGCCAUUCAUACGGAGCUGUGCAAGGAUGGGACUGUGCCCAUGACCCACCAAGCAUUCAUAGAGGAGCUUACAACCCAGCUUUGUGGG